UACCAGUGUGUUGUAUUGUUGAGUAUAUACCCCGUAUCACGUAACGUGGCUGCUCAAGCAAUGAAACAACGAAGUGGUGGCCGCCCUUGUUGACGCCUACCUCGAAUUACAAUAUUAUGGCAGUUCUCAAACGAAAUACGUUUUGUAUUUUGUUAUCGAAACCUAAACAGGAGGUUUUAUAACGAAAUUUCGAAUCUCAGCUGCACAGACAGAUUCAGUAAGGACUAUUACCUCUUAAAAUUGCCACUAAAUAAAGUUCGGGCCGUCCAAUUGUUUGGUGUAGAUGUUAGUCAUUCGACAAAGUAAACUUACAAAUCAUUUGAAAGUUUUAUUGCCUGAGCCGCCACUAUAGGUGGUACGGAUUUUAGGUAUUAUAUUUGAUAGAUUACGACGUUUUACGGAAUUCCCCGAAUGAAGGCCACACACAUACAGCAUACAUGACAAUGCACACAUACACACAGUUAAUAUGUUAAUGGUCCUUUAAAAGAUAAAAAUUGUUAUUUAUAUAAAUUGGAUGAUAUUCCGUGCUACUGGUUCGCGCCCUGGUGUUCUUUCGUUUAGCGUUGGCUAAUGUUCACUAAUAAAUUCAAUGAAUAGGUAGCUUUUGGCAUUAUUCCAAUUUGAAUAUUGAAGUUAAAUAAAAUUUAAAUAAUGGGAGAAGAGAGUAGAGAAAAGUUGUAAAUAUUAUGGCUUGGAGCGUAAAGUUAAUGUUAAUAUUAGUUUUAUUUGUGUUAUUGCCAGCCAACUUGUGUGUGAACCAAGCAUCAUUUUAUGGAAACAGUUUUAUUUCAAUACCCUUAAAAGAAGCUAAAGGAUCCACUGAUAUACAUUUUAAAUUUCGAACACAUCUUUCGAAUGCACUAAUUAUAUUAGUGGCUGGAGUGACUGAUUACUGUAUUGUAAGAUUAGACAAUACAAGAUUAAAAAUUAAUAUCAAUCUUGGAUCUGGUGAAUAUGAAGUCUCUUCAUCUAGUUCAAAGUUAAAUGAUUUUAAAUGGCAUAAAGUCCACAUAAGUAGAGCAGAGGCAAAUUUAACACUUAUAGUGGAUAAUAAAUUUACAACGAAGCAUUUACCAGGAAAAUUCUUUGAACUAAACAUACAUUACGGUUUGUUUGUUGGAGGGCAUGGUAAUUUCUCCGAUUUAUUUUUUGGGCAUAUAGGAAAUUUUAGAGGAUGUUUAGCAGAUAUUGUAUACAAUGGAAUUGGAGUUUUGGAUUUUGCUAGACACAGACAACCUCAAUCGAUUGUUCAAGGUAUUACAUGGAACUGUGCAGCUGAAUUUGAUGCACAUGUAAAUCAGCCUAUUAGUUUUGUGGAGGACAAAAGUUUUUUUGUUAUAUCACAAGAAAAUUUUAAGAAUUUAAAAUGGCAGUUGGAAUUGAAAACAAUAGCAGAAUAUAGUAUAGUAAUGUACAAUCAAGGAUCUCUUUCCAAACAGGAUUAUUUUUCCAUGGAAAUAUGGAAAGGCAAAUUUAAAGUAACAUUAAAAUUUGGAGAAAAAGUAACAGAAGUAUUGAAUAAUGAAUUCAUAGCAGAUGGAAAGUGGCAUAAGAUUUUUGUUCAAUUUUUAUCAUCUUCUGUUGAUGUUAUUGUAGAUUCAAUAACUAAAAGUAUUAAAAUGACAAAAACCCAUGUUGUGAGUUUACAUGACUUGUUUUAUAUUGGUGGUAUUGAAGCAAGUAAAAGAGGACGUGCUAUGGCAAAAGGUUUAAAGCAAUCUGAUAUACAUUUCAAAGGGUGCAUGCAGCACUUAAAGAUUGGUGAAAGAAUGAUUGGAUUAAAAGAUGCAGUUAUUACAGAAGGACUAUUGCCAAGUUGUGUUUGGCAAUAUCCAUGCCUAACUUGGCCAUGCAAGAAUAAAGAAGCUUCUUGCAUUCAAAAGGGACUAGAUUCAUAUCAAUGCAUUUGUAAAAACUUAACUUGUGUUUCAACUGAUGUUUCUACAUCAUCAAAGGGAACAUCAGCAGUUGAUCUAGAAAUUUUAACAGUGAAAACUUUAGAAGUUGUUGAAGGUCAAAGUGGCCUAAUUACACCUAACAAUUUGCAUUUAAAUUUGGAUUAUCCUAAAUAUGGAAUUGCUGAUUCUGGAAUUGUUUUUCAUAUAUUCCAAUUUCCUGAACAUGGAACUAUUAAAAUCAAUGUUUGGCCUGAAGAGAAAGGUAGCUUCACAUUUCACGAUUUAUCUAAAGAUAAAGUACAUUAUGUUCAUGAUGGUUCCGAACAUCACAUGGACAGUAUAGUGAUGGAUCUCCAGUUCAAUUCAAAAGAGAAUUUUAUUUUACCGGCACAUCUUCAAGGAAAUUUUAAAUUUACGCUUACAGUUCAUGUUCAACCAAAGAAUGAUCCUCCUGAGCUAAAUAUUCCAGUUUCAGUAACUUUGAGAGUAGCACAAGGAAAGAAAAAAACAAUUACGAAAGAUACAUUGCAAGCAGUCGAUUCUGACACACCUCCAGAGCAGUUGGUUUUUAAAGUUAUCGAUUCAGUCUUGGGUCAUUUUGAAGACGCCGAUAAGACUAACGUUCCAAUAUAUUCCUUUACACAAAAAGACAUAAAUGACAACAAAAUAGUGUUCGUCCAUAACAGUUCGUCGUCAUUAAAUAAUUCCUACAUUUCCUUACAAGUUUCUGAUGGCAUUGAAGAAAGUAAAAUUGCUAAAUUAAGGGUUUCUGCUUAUCAGCAAAUGUGGUGGUUACAAAAUAAUACGGGAUUAUUUUUAACUCAUGAAUCUUUUGGAGUUAUUACCCCAUUUAAUUUAAGUUUUAUUUCAAAUGAUCCUACUGCUUCUGAAAAAAUUGAGUACUAUAUUGUACAAUCACCUCAGUUUGGUCUUGUCGAACUGGAAAAAGACAUUGGCGUUUGGGUGAACACAAGUACGUUUUCUAGUGAGCAUCUACAGUUACACAGAGUUAGGUACAGACAUAGAAAUGGUUUAGCCAAAUUCGAUGAAUUUCAGUUUAAAACGUCGUUAAAUUCAACAGCAGUUUACUCAUUCCGAAUAACGUUUAUCAAAUGUACAGUUAUUAAUAUAAAUAACGAACCGUUAUCGCUUAACACCUCUCAGGGAUUGCUGACAGCAAGUCAAAUAAAUUAUCAAACGAGUCCUGUGUUGUUGCCAUCAACAUCUAUUACGUUUUUAAUAACUGGUUAUCCUCAGUAUGGUUUUCUAUUAUCUUCUGCAUCAAAAUAUCGAAUGCGAAUUGGCGAUACAUUCAAUCAAGCUGAUAUUAAUUUUAAAAACAUUCAGUAUAACACAUAUAAAAAGGCAUAUUCGUAUUUUAAUGAUUAUCUUUUUUUUAAUGUUAUGGCUCCAGGAUGCGACAAUAUAACUGGCAAUAUUAGCAUAAUUUAUAAACCAAGCAAAGAAAUUUUGUCACAAAUCCGUGCCAUUUUAGAACCAAUUACUGUUGAAGAAGGGGCCAAAGCUAACAUACCCUUGGAAAAAUUUCAUUUGUUGAGUAAUAUUUUUACCAGCCUUAUUUUUAAUGUAACAAAGAAACCAAGUCAUGGAAUGCUCCAAAUAAAUGGCAAAGAGUCAUUAAGAAACGAUACUAAUUACUUUACAAUAUCUGAACUAGAAACAGACGCUUUAUUUUAUAUUCAUGACGACUCUGAAAGUAUAUCGGACUAUUUCAGUUUCAUGGCUUUAGCUCCCAGAGAAAAUUUUCAAUAUGUUAAUAAUUAUACAAUUAUUAUCGCACUUAAAAACGACAAUAGUCCUAAACGAGCAAUUGAAAAAGUUUUCAACGUGGUAAUUGGUGGCGAGAAAUUAAUUACUGGAAACGAUAUGCGAUAUGAUGAUGCAGAUAUAAACACCAAGCCGUCUGACAUUGUUUAUUCAUGUCGUGAAAUCCCUAAUGGCGAAAUAAUUAGUUUGAAAAAUGGCAGUACAAAAGCUACAGAAUUUACCCAGCAAGAUCUGAAUAACGGUCAUAUACUUUUUAAACAUAAAGGCCCCGAAUACGGAAAAAUAAAAUUAUGGAUUACUGACGGUCAAUUCUACGUAAAUGGAAUUUUAGAAGUGAAAGCAUCUGCCCCUUUUAUACGCGUCUUUACCGCGAAAAAGUUGAUUGUCCAGCAAGCAAGUACAACUCCGAUAACAGAAGAAAAUUUAUCAUUUUCGACAAAUUUAUAUGCAUCAGAGAAAGAUGUUAUAUACGAAGUAAUGAACAAACCAAAUUACGGAAAAAUUUCUCUUAAAUAUGACGACAAAGAAAUCCAAUCGUUUUCACAAGAGCAAAUUAAUAAGGGAGAAAUUUAUUACGUUCAUGAUUUUACGAAAACGAACGCAGACGAGUUAAAGUUGCGGGUACGCUGUUACGAUGCUGUUAGUAUGGCUCAAAUAAACAUAUGGAUAUUACCAGCAUCUUAUUGGGAACCUUUAGUGAUUAAAACUUUAAAUGUUCUCUAUGUAGAAGAAUCAACUAGUGCGUUGAUUGAUAAAAAUAUAAUGGAGGUGUUCCAAGCUGAUGUACCUGCAGGUGCUCUAACGUACCACAUCACGAAAAAUGCAAACAAUGGCUAUUUAACUGUACUUCCUAAUUUUAAUAACUUGGAAGAUAAACCAACAAACAUACAGAGAUUCACUCAAGCGUUACUUAACGAAAGGAGACUUUUGUAUAUACAAUCCGCUGCUAACAAAACGGAAGAUAAAAUAAUUUUUAACGUUACCAACGGAUUGGUGUGGUUAAAUGGAUUAGAAUUGAAAAUUGCCAUUAUACCAGAAUAUAUUUAUUUGAAGAGUAAUGUUUUAAACGUUAACGAAGGAAGAGUAGCACCUAUUACCGUCGAUAACUUAAUUGUUUCCACGGAAUAUUACCGAGAUAAAAUAACGAAAUAUAAAGUUAUUAUGCAACCCAAAUUUGGUUGCUUGGUUGUAGUAAAAAAUUGCAAUAUAACUGAAUUUUCUCACAGUCAGUUACUAGAUGAAGUAGUAGAAUAUCAGCAUGAUGAUUCUGAGAAUUUGAAUGACGAAGUGUCGAUAAUUGCAGUGGCAGGGGUUAAGGAAAGUGUUCCUGUAUCAAUUAAAAUAAAUAUAACACCCGUUAACGACAAUUUUCCUAGGAUAAUUAACAACACAGGUGCUACCAUUUGGGAAGGGAGUACAUUAAUAAUUAACAACUCCAUGCUUGCUGCAGUUGACGACGAUAGACCACAAGAAACUCUGCGAUAUCAGGUGAUAGGCUGCUGGUGGGGAAAUAUAUCUUUAGUUUCAGACCCCGAUACCAUUUUGCAGUUUUUUACUCAAGAUUUUAUUAACAAACAAUUAGUUGCAUUUCGUCAUAAAAAUGGCACAGAAACUAAAUUCACCUUUACUGUGACUGAUGGCGUUCAUACAAGUCAAGAAUAUGCCUUUUACAUAAACACCAAACCUGUUGAGUUACAUUUGGUUUCAAAGUUAGCUUUACAUAUUUUUCCACUUCAAAAAAAACUUAUAAGGCCCCAUCACCUUCUAGCAAUUGUUUCGGAUUUUGGUAGGCCUGUGUUUUAUGAAAUUGUGAAACCUCCCACUUUGGGGCGACUGAUAAUGUACUAUAACGAUACGAACGUCCUUAAAGUUAUAAACAGUUUUACACAAGAAGACGUUAAUAAUAGUCGCGUGUUUUAUGAGCACACUCAUCCAUUUUUGGAUCUUUAUGCAAACGAUUCUUUCAUUUUUAACGUUAAAUCUUACUUGGCAACUACUCUAUUAAUGAAUGAAUUUAAGAUAGAUAUAUCGGUGUCUUCAGGUGGUUUGGGUGCAUAUAUUGAUGUUCCAGAAAUAAUAGUUGAAGAAGGUGCAAUGACGAAUAUUAAAAUUAAUUUAUCAAAAAUAAUGACAUUUUUGGAAAGUCAUGCAGGAUUAAGAUCACCAGUUAUUCAUGCCAGUAUAACACGUCCGCAAUUUGGUUACGUAUUUUUGAAACAUAAUCCAAACUUAACUACCUUUACAAGAGAACAGCUUGAGUCUGGCCACUUGUAUUACCAACACGAUCAUUCAGAUUCAUUUCUUGACAGCAUAUAUUUAUCCUUGUACUUAAUACCUGGCUACAUAUUGCUCACUAAUAUUUCAAUCCCGAUUAAGAUAAACCCUAUAAACGAUCAGCCGUUUAUUUUAAUUACUCCUACACCCCACUUAUUAGUUGUACAAGGUGAAAAUUAUACAAUAACAAAGAACGACUUGUUAACAGAAGAUAAGGAUACAUUUCCCCAAGAUAUACGGUAUGAUGUUAUAUCGGGACCGUCAGAGGGACAGUUACUUCUUUUGCCCGAGUUGAUUACAGUUAAUCAGUUUUCUCAACAAGAUGUUAAUUUAAUGAAAGUAAUUUAUAGACAUAAUGGUACAUCGUUAACGGAUAGUUUCCAUUUAAGGGUUUGGGACGGAAAAUUUAGGCCAGAAUACACUAUUUUUAACAUCCAAAUAAUUCCAAUUAAUAUGAACGUGUCUGCUGGACUGCCUGCUUUUCUCCAGCAGGGUUUAAACGUGGUUUUACUUUCUGAAAAACUUUUUUUUAUUGAAACGAACACUGAUAAAAGAAAAAUGGAGUUUUUGGUACGGGAAUUACCAAAACAUGGAAUUUUAUAUGUGAAAGAUAGCCAUGCUAAUUCUUUUACGUAUACGGAUCUAGAGAGUGGAAACGUUAUGUAUAUGCAAACGGAUAUGACUACAGCAAACGACAGUUUUACUGUUUUUGCUGGAAUAUCGAUAGGAAACGUUUCUCUAGGGAGCGAAGUUCAAGUAUUUGUUAAAGUACAACCACUAAUGCAAAUAAGCGAUUUUACUGCAAUCGUUGGAAAAAGAAACCGCAUAACGACUCGAAUAUUAGAUGCAACUCCUUUGGCGAAAAUGACAAAUAGUAAUCCACGGUAUACGAUCGUCAAAUUUCCGUUACAUGGACAAAUAAGGAAAAUAAUUCGAAGUUCUGGAGAAAAAAGGAAUGUUUUAGAUUCAGUUGUAAACAGUUUUAGUCAUGAAGAAGUGCAAAGUGGCCUUAUUUACUUAGUCGUUAAAAACAUACAAAUUGGAUGGGAUGGCUUACAAGAUAAGUUAGAAUUUAUCCUCGCUGCUGGCAUAUUCCAACCUGCUGUAGGGUCGUUAAAAAUUUUAAUCAAAACGUCAUCUUACUCUGUAUCAUCCACUAUUCCCGGUCCCAAUGACCCCGAAGAACAUGAAGGUCCCAUAUACAUUUCAAGUCCAAAUAUAACACGAGAUUACUUUUUAGUGGUUAGUAUGGUUGUUGGAGUGGUAAUAUUAGGUAUUGCAGUUAUAAUAAUAAUAAAGUGUAGAGGCUUAGAAGGAGGAACUCAAAGUAAAGAGGAACAGGCUUUACAACCCGUUUCAUUGCCACGUCCACCGGAACGAUUGAUAAGCUCAUCGACCUCUGUAAAACAGCACAACUUGGAAGGUUUUGUUUCCAUAGUACCCACAACUUUGCCACAUUGUAAAGUGACUCCUUUGAUAAAAGACGAAUUGGAAACUCGUGCUCAUUACCCGUAUGGAAUAGAGGAGCCAAUAGAUGAUUGGAGCAGUUGUGAUGCAUCAGAUCCAUCAGGCCCUGCACGAAGUAACAUUAUGCUGCGGAGAAAUCAAUAUUGGGUUUGAACAAUUUAUACAACAUGAUAUCUGAUUUUGUACAUUUUUCUUCGAUUAUACUUUAAUUCAUUUCAUACUUUUUUAUAACUGCCAUAAAGUCGAUUAAUAAAUGAAAUAAAAGUUUUUAUGGCGCCUUCCUUCUUUGUACCAAGAUAAGGUCAACACCAUAAUUAUUAAUCACACGAAAAAACAAUUAGCAGAUGAAAAGUGUUGAUUAUUUUAGCAGACUCUGAUGCCUGUAAUUUAUUUCAAUAUUUUAUAAUACAAAACGAAUAUAUUAAUAUCUGCCUACAUAUAAAGUUGUGUUCAAUAAAAAACUAAACGUCGCAAUAAAUACCUUUUAUAAUUAUGUAUAUCUACCAGCAUUUCUUUUGCAGAUUAAAAAUAAAAACAAUUGUAUCAACACAACAAAAAAUAAAUUAUAUCGUAACCACUGCUAAUUCUAAUUUUGCACAAAGAGAAAUUUUCAUCAUUAAUUCAUUACACCUAUUAUAAAAGAGCUAUAAAUAUAGUAACUUUUGUUAAG